AAGAGGCAACCUGCUGUGACCUUGAACAUGAACUUUCUUUUACAUCUGCAUUUAUUUUCUUGUUCUGUGUAGACUGAGUUGGGAACACAGCAGCCUGAUACUGUUAACCAGUCAUCGUCGUGUCAAGUCAAAGUCAUAACAAUACUUGUGGGAUAUAAUGCUAUCUGAAAGUAUAAUUUACUUUGAAAAUAUGGGUCUUUCAAUACAGCUGUCUUCCUUUAGACUCCUGUGACCUCUGAGCUAAACAACAAAACAAAGUGGGAAUGUGGAAGAUGUUCGCCACCUGCCUUGGCUUGGGCCACCGGUGUCACAUCUGGACAGGGAGGAGCAGAUGACUGAUGGUCCAUAUGGGUCAAGGAUGUGAAGCUUUCUGCCGAAGUGGAGCCGUUCAUCCCCCAGAAGAAAGGUCUUGAGUCUGCCCUGGUCACCAUGAGCUUGUCCGGAGAGGGUGGAGGGGGUGGUGGAGGCAGCGGGGUCGAACCCACUCCCAUCCCCAGUUACCUGAUCACCUGCUAUCCCUUUGUCCAGGAGAACCAGCCCAAUAGGCAGCUCCCCAUGUACAGCAGUGACAUGCGCUGGCAGCAGCCCAACCCCAGUCCCGCGGGGGGCCCCUACCUGGCCUACCCCAUCCUGUCCUCGCCACAGCCCCCCGUCUCCAACGACUACACCUACUACCAGAUCAUGCCGGCCCCAUGCCCCCCCAUGAUGGGCUUCUACCAGCCAUUCCCCACCCCCUACGGAGGGCCAGUCCAGACCGGCGUGGUCAGCCCCGUCUCUGCCGACUGCAACGAGCGCCUGCCGCCCCCCAGCCAGACGUUUGGGGUGGCCGGCCAGAGAGGCAGGGGCAUGACCCGAGCUGCUGCUCUGCCGAAGAGUUGUAGCUAUACCAGGCUUGCUCUCUGUGUCUAUCCACAGCCCCUGCUUCAGCCAGUGAGAGGCAAGAGAAUGCCCCCACGUCGCCACGACGUGGCAGUGCAGAAGGAGGUGGGUGCCUCAGGUCCAGACGGGAGGCCCAAGACGGUGCUGCUAGUGGACGCAGCACAGCAGACAGAUUUCCCCGGCGAAGCUGCAGGACGGAAUGUGCCGGAGUGUGGCAGCCCGCAGUCGUGGAAAAGCAAGCCGCGCCGCCGCCGGUCCUCCCACCCCGGCGAGUCGUCCAGCGAGCAGGGUGCCAGCGAGGCCGACAUCGACAGCGACAGCGGCUACUGCAGUCCCAAACACAACCAGGCGGCGGCCCACGCCAGCGCUGCUGCUGCCGCGCCCCUGCUCCCCUCCUCCCGGCCCAACGAGCCCCCCGCCGCCGCACCCAUGGCUGUUGAAGCUGGUGUUAUGACCGCAGUGAGCUGGGUGAACGUGGCCUCCCAGGCCAGCCAGAAGCCGUGGGGAGAGCGGAGCUCUCCUUUCCACAGACCAGCCAAGCCGCCCGAGCAGAGGAGCUUCUCCCAGGAUCUCCAGGUGGGCUACCAGGGUCGUGGCUCCCCGAUGGGUGCUGCCUCAGACAAGGGCGUGUGUGGACCAAAGAGGCUCCAGCAGGGCACGGUGCAGCCCGCACCUCAGAUCCCCGGCACCGAGCUCACUCCUGAGCCCCUCUACUUUGCGGAUGAAGAUGAGUUUCCUGAACUGGCCAGUGGUGAGGCUCCUGCGCGGAGUAGACCAGAACCGGUCCAGCCCAAGAUGCCCAAAGGCCUGCUGGAGAACCUGCCGGAGAACUCGCCCAUCAACAUCGUUCAGACGCCCAUCCCCAUCACCACGUCCGUCCCAAAGCGAGCCAAGAGCCAGAGGAAGAAGGCGCUGGCCGCUGCACUGGCCACGGCACAGGAGUACUCAGAGAUUAGCAUGGAGCAGAAGAAACUGCAGGAGGCAUUGACCAAGGCUGCAGGGAAGAAGAGUAAGACUCCAGUACAGUUGGACCUGGGCGACAUGCUGGCUGCUCUGGAGCGGCAGCAGCAAGCCAUGAAGGCCCGGCAGCUGACCAACACCAAACCGCUGUCCUUCACAGUUGGCACUGCGGCCCCCUUCCAUGGCAAGGAACCAGCUGGCAAGACAGCAGCGGUGAAAGGACAGCCCUACGCUGCCCCCCACAACAUGCUGGACUCCUCUGCUCCGCGCAUCAAGAGGGGCAAGGAACGGGAAAUCCCCAAAGUCAAGAGGCCAACGGCCCUCAAGAAGAUUAUUCUGAAGGAGAGAGAAGUGAGAAAGGGCCGCUUCUCUGUGGACCAGAACGCCGCUGGUCCAGAAGAGCAGGGCGAUGACGAGCUUCACUUCACAGACGACCUCUCUCGAGACGGCGUCUCACAGGAGGAGAACGGCCUGAGCAUGCCCAGUGACGCCUCGCUGUCUCCGGCCAGUCAGAACUCGCCGUACAGCAUCACGCCUGUCUCCCAGGGUUCCCCAGCCAGCUCCGGCAUUGGCAGCCCCAUGGCCUCCGCCAUCACCAAGAUCCACAGCCGCAGAUUCCGAGAGUACUGCAACCAGGUGCUGAACAAGGAGAUUGACGAGAGCGUGACGCUGCUGCUGCAGGAGCUGGUGCGCUUCCAGGAGCGUGUCUACCAGAAGGACCCCACCAAGGCCAAGGCCAAGAGGCGCCUGGUCAUGGGCCUCAGGGAGGUCACCAAGCACAUGAAGCUGCAGAAGAUCAAGUGUGUCAUCAUCUCCCCCAACUGUGAGAAGAUCCAGGCCAAAGGGGGUCUUGAUGAAGCUCUGUACAAUGUCAUUGCGAUGGCGAGGGAGCAGGAGAUUCCCUUUGUGUUCGCCUUGGGCCGGAAAGCACUGGGCCGCUGUGUCAACAAGUUGGUCCCGGUCAGUGUUGUGGGCAUCUUCAACUUCUCUGGAGCAGAGGGUUUGUUCAACGGGCUGGUGUCCCUGACGGAGGAGGCCCGGAAGGCCUACAAGGACAUGGUGUCGGCCCUGGAGCAGGAGCAGGCUGAGGAGGCCCUGAAGAACGUCAAGAAGGUGCCACAUCACAUGGGCCACUCACGGAACCCGUCCGCCGCCAGCGCCAUCUCCUUCUGCAGCGUCAUCUCCGAGCCCAUCUCUGAGGUCAACGAGAAGGAAUACGAAACCAACUGGAGGAACAUGGUAGAGACUUCAGAUGCGCUGGAGCCUAUGGAGAAUGAGCCCAGCAGCAAGUCCACCAGCAGCACAUCGGCCCCUAAAGACGUAGAGGGUCCAGCGGUGGCCAGCGUCAGCUCCGCACCUUCCACAUCCCAGACUAGCCUCCGGGCACCAGCAGCCGCCGAGGGCAGCAAGGAGGAGGGCAGCGGCAAGACGGACGACCGUCUGGAGUUGGCCUCGCAGCAGAGCACGGAGACGGGCUCGCUGGACGGAAGCUGCCGGGACUUGCUCAACUCGUCCAUCACCAGCACCACCAGCACGCUGGUGCCGGGCAUGCUGGAGGAGGCCGACGAAGAGGACGAGGAGGAGGACGACUACACGCCCGAGCCCAUCUCCGUGGAGGUGCCCUCACUCAACUGCAGCCGCAUCGAGUCCUGGGUCUCCAAGACGCUGGAGAACCUGCAGCUGGGCAAGACCCAGGACAGCACGGAGGACGACGAGGAGGACGAUGAUGAUGAUGAUGACGAGGAAGAUGAGGAGGAAGAAGGCGCGGCAAGCGAGGAGGAAGACCUGGAGUCCUCGGAGGUGGUAGAGAUGGUGCCGGACGACAAAGAGGCCCAGGAGGCCAAAAAGGUUGUGGGCUGAUGGACUGGGUUCCUCCUCCACUCCAUUUUCUCCUUCUCAUCCCCUCCAACUCUUCCCAGCAACCCCCCCCCCCCCCCUUCAAGCAACCAGCAGCUUCACAGCCUUGAACAGCAGUGUCUCUGGAUCCAAACCUAACAUGAUCUCAGGAAACCGACCAACUUACAGUAUGAAACCAAACACACAUUUGAAAAAAGCAAACACACACACAUACACAUACAUACAAAAUGCUGAGCUGUAGCUGGAGAGCUAAUAGGGACCUCCAUUAGUCCACAUCUCCACCACCCCCAUACUUGAAUUAGCUUGUAUUGACUGACAUUUUCAGUGAGGUGUUUCAAAGGGAAUUUGCGAGUCCCUCAAGACCCCCUUCAGUUUACUAGUUGGAAGUAACUUGUGGACUUAUGUGAAGUAUUGUACCAGGAAUGCUUGGUAGCUGUCUUGAAGGGACUCCAUGAUGGGGUUCCAGCUCAGUGGCCCAAUGAUCGAGCCAUUCGCUACUCCAGUCUCUUGAUCUGUCUUCAUCAUAAAUGGUGGGUUGUUAGCUAUGUUUGGGGAAACGUGGGCUUUAUUUGAGCAUAUGUUUGUUCUUGCUCAGCCAGCGGUUCUUUAGCUGAUUAGUUGCUGUGCUUCACCCAUUAAUUUAUUCACUCAUGGUUGUGUGUUUACUGUCAGACAAACAUGGGAUGACCUGUUUUCAUUUAAAUGGGGAGUAUAGAUGCAUAAGGUUUACCCUUCCACUAAUGAUUAUCCCCAUUAAAAGGGGACUCUGUGAUAGAGAUGUAUGACCAUAAUAAGUGCAAGUCAUUACUUUCAAAAUCAUAGUUCUAUCUGAAUUCACUUGGUGAAUUUUGUAAAACUUUCACAAUUCACUUUUUUUUUUUGUUGAUGGUUUUAUCUCAAAUAAUGUCUGUUUGUGUGACAAUAGUUUGAGGUUGGUAAUAUAACUAAUGAAAACUUAAUCCAGAACAAAUAUGUCUUGAUUGUACAUACCAUGUAUAGGUUGUUAUAAUAGGUAAUCUGUUGUAUUUAUCUUGCGUGGUUAACAAGCUAUCUGGGGAUGUUUUCUGUGUGCUUCGUUGCUUGUUCAUUCUCCCUCUUUGCUGGUUUAUUUCUCCAGGUCAUGGUACUGAGUCACAAUUCUGUGGCGUUACCGUUGGCAAACGUAUUGGCCUGUAAACUGGCAUUAUAGAUGGUCAUCUUAACAAAUUUGAUGUACAGUAGGCAGUGUAUAAAAUGAUGAUGAAUGCUUAUUAUAGCAGCACCUCUUGAUUUGAGUGGGCGCAGCAUGCAGACAGCGGGACUGGACCAAGGCUGGGCUGACCUGUGUGGGGACAGUGUUUGUGUGUGUCGGCAGGGGCCCCCUAGCACCUACUGGAGCUGCAGCCUUGCCCAGGACAUCUCCGCUCUCUCCACACACACCACUGGGUCCUGAUAAGACCCACACUCUGCUCAUCUUCUCUUUUCUUUUCUCUUCUCAUCACCUUCUUUCUUUCCUCUCAUCAAACUUCCUGUCUCCUCAAGACCAGAUUUGUUGUCUUUCAUUUUGAGUUCUUUCUCCUUGUUUUGUUUUAGUUGCCACUAUGCCUGGAUAACUCUGCCACAGUGUUUGCUACUGAGUUGGCAGAAACACCUGUUUUAAGAUGUGACUGCAAGAGGUGUGUAUUUCUAGAUUUUAUAGUACCAAAUGUCUACAAGACAGUCACAUUUUGUAUGUCACCUCUAUUGGAACACUGCCUUGGUAGAACUGUGGCGGAGUUAAGCACGUCUUAUGGUCGCUGUCUCUGAUGCAGUUCUCUUUCUUCUUUUCUGUGUUUUUGAAUGCAAGUAUUAUUAUGGAUUUGGAAAACAAAGCAAUGGUGUCAAGCUAGUUAAGUUCAGUAACAGAAUCAGUGAUUUAACCCAUCUUGCUUGUGAGGAAAUGGGCAACGAAUCCUGACAGGAAUAAUGAGUUUAAAAAAUUGGAAUGAUAAGGAUUAAGUGUCAUGUUUAAAAUAUGAACUUAUCACCAAAUUUUAAAUUUAUUUUGGUAGAACCUUCAAAUUUUAUGAUGAUGAAUGAAAUGUUACAGAAUCAAAAUUGUGAGACCUAUAUUUCAUCAUGCUCAGACAUAAUGGCAAAUGCUCCCAUGUGAACAGUCUAGUUAAGUGUUGUGCAAUACCAUGGCUCUGGAACAGUAAAAUGUUGUAGACAUGCCAGUAAAAAAGUGAAGGUCUUCUGUUUGAUAAAAGGUACUAUAUGUUGUAGGCUUUUUGUCAACACUCUAUCCUUUUGUUACCAUGUGUCUAAAGUAAUGAAAGCAAAUGUGUUCUUUGCACUAUGUAAAUAAUAGUAAACAACCUCUUGUAAUUAAUGUGAAAAAAUGGUUCUAUGAAGUACCUUUUUCAGUGUGUGGCUGUUCUUUAUAUUACUAUUUAAGAGUUGCUCUUUAAAACUGUACAGCACUAGUAACAUGUAGAUGCCUCGCAUAUCUAAUUGUAAUCUUAACUAUCUGACUUAUCGUUAAUGAUAAUAAAAUGUUGUUUAAAAAAUG